AUUCGUAAUGAUUCGGUUCGAUUGCAAACCAAACUGUUAUCAAUAACUUCAAAACCUACCUGAUAGCGGUAGGAUAAUAUAUUCGAAACUACUUCGAGGUCGUUAACUCAUUCUAGUUUAAUCUUGUAUAUUACGUACAAUACAACACAUCUCAUAGAAAACGUAUGAAUAAUGUCAAUCUCCACAAGUGUACGAUACUUGGCCCAUAAUCUCUACAGCAGUUGGUAUUGCAUGAUCAUACCUCGGAACAUCCAUCUCUCAAAAUAUCUUUUACACGGCGAAUACGAAUGGCAGGAUCCAAAAAGUGACGAAGAAGUGGUCAACAUCACGUACAUCGACAAGGACGGGAAACGGACACCGGUUCGGGGCAAAAUAGGCGACAAUGUCCUCUACCUUGCCCAUCGAUUCGGUGUGGAAAUGGAGGGGGCUUGCGAGGCGUCUUUGGCCUGCACGACAUGUCACGUCUAUGUGCUUGGAGAAUACGGGGACAAGUUACCACCCUCGGAGGAGAAAGAAGACGACCUGCUGGACAUGGCACCAUUUUUGAAGGAAAAUUCCCGACUAGGUUGUCAGAUAGUGCUCACCAAAGAGCUGGAAGGCAUGGAGCUGCAGCUACCGCAAGCGACGAGGAACUUUUACGUGGACGGACACAAACCAAAGCCGCACUAGUCGAGAUGGAGCAGAGGAAUCAGAGUACAGUUUGGAAGCAAAACUAUGCAGCGAGUUGUGUAGAUUUACAGGUAGUAGUUACUAUGUACAUUGUUAUAAAGAGUACUGAGCUUUUUUGGUUUUAAAGUACGGAUAUUGUGAAAUACAAAAAUGUGCCGUAAA